CAAUAAUAGAUGUUGGGUCUUGUUGUAAAAAUAUGGAUAAAGUUAUUGAGACAUUACAAAAUUUUUAUCGAUUAAUAUUAUAUCACUUUGAAAAAAGCAGUAUUGAAGAGUUAUUUGAAGAAAUGUUUUAUUUCAACAUUAGAGAGUUAGAAAAAAGACAAUAUAUUGUCGAUAAUUAUAAAAAAAAAAUAAUAUCAGUAAAAAAGAAAUCUAAAAAGCUAGCAAGUUUACGAGAUGUAAAUUUAUAUAAAAACUCGAAAACUGAAGGGCAAGCAACAAAAACUGACAAGAUCAACACGAUUUUAUUUGAUAAGUUUGUAGAAGAGCUUACUGAAGAAAAUAAUUCAGUAGCAAAAAAGAGACAUAGAAAAUUACACAAACAUAAGAAAAAUUUCAAGUUAAAAAAAUAA